ACGGAUGCUCUCACACCGUCACACGCAACCAGAAGAUCACAACAGAAUGCUGCUCCAACAACCAGAGAGAACUGAAGAAACAGCAGGUGCUGUGAUGGAACCCCUAGCUGUAGCCCGGAGCCGGAGGAGGCCUCCCAUGGACGCGUCCGCCCCGCCUCCACUCCUCCCCCUCCUUUUUUCUCUCCUCAUGCUGGCCUUGUCCUCCUGUGGCGCGGCUGCUGCUUUGGGAGCUCCGGUCGGAGAGGACUACGUCCGGCCGCCGGCCCGGAGCCGCAAAGCCCUCCUCAGCCUCUUCCCCUGGAGCAAGAAGAAAGCCUCCUCUUCCGCUGCCGAUCCCCAGCAGGUGCACAUUUCACUAGCUGGAGAGAAGCACAUGAGAAUUACAUGGGUCACAGAUGAUAACUCUGUCCCCUCAGUUGUGGACUAUGGAACAAAAACCGGCACAUACACAUCCACUUCUCAGGGAGAAAGUACAUCCUAUAGCUACUUAUUGUAUAGCUCGGGAAAGAUCCAUCAUGUUGUUAUUGGACCUCUCGAAGACAACAUGAUAUACUACUACCGAUGUGGCGGACAAGGUCCAGAAUUCCAACUGAAGACACCCCCCUCUCAGUUUCCAUUGUCAUUGGCUAUUGUGGGCGAUCUUGGGCAGACCAGUUGGACAACGUCAACACUAAACCACAUUAAGCAAUGUGAACAUGAUAUGCUUUUGCUUCCUGGUGAUCUUUCUUAUGCUGAUUAUAUGCAACAUUUAUGGGAUUCCUUUGGUACAUUGGUGGAGCCACUUGCUAGCACCCGGCCCUGGAUGGUGACACAAGGCAACCAUGAAAAGGAGAUGAUACCAUUUUUGAAGUCUGGAUUUCAAUCGUAUAAUGCACGAUGGAAGAUGCCUUAUGAAGAGAGUGGAUCCACAUCAAAUUUGUACUACUCUUUUGAAGUUGCAGGGUUGCAUGUUAUAAUGCUAGGUUCUUAUACGGAUUAUGACAAGACUUCAGAUCAGUAUGCUUGGCUUAAGGCUGAUCUUGCUAAGGUGGAUAGAAAGAUGACGCCAUGGCUCAUUGUGUUAUUGCAUGUGCCAUGGUAUAAUAGCAACUGGGCUCAUCAGGGUGAAGGUGACAGUAUGAUGACUGCAAUGGAGCCUUUGCUAUAUGCUGCUCAUGUGGAUAUUGUAAUUGCAGGUCAUGUGCACGCCUAUGAACGUUCGGAGCGGGUCUACAAUGGUGGACUUGAUCCAUGUGGUGCUGUUCAUAUAACUAUUGGGGAUGGUGGAAACCGGGAAGGCUUGGCCCACAGGUACCAUAAUCCAAAACCAGCUUGGUCGGUCUUCCGGGAAGCAAGUUUUGGGCAUGGUGAGCUAAAGAUCGUCAAUUCCACCCAUGCUCACUGGACUUGGCACAGGAAUGAUGAUGAAGAACCAGUGAGAACAGAUGAUGUGUGGAUAAACUCGCUGUCUAGUUCACGGUGCAUCCAGGAAACUAGCCAUGAAUUUAGGAAAAUCCUGAUGUCUCCUUGAGAACAGCAACACAAUCAUACAGCCAAUAACAUAGUAUGAGAAGUACUUGCCAUGUAUACCGCAUAUGUGUGUGUGUGUAUAGGACUGCUUGCUACUGUAGAUUGUUUGUAUACUGAGUGAAAAUGAUGGUUUUUUCAGUAAUACGUGAAUACCAUAUUAACCUGGAUGAAAGUAUUGAUACACAUACAAGUUGUAGCUGGUUGGCUGAUAUGCUUGUGAAAA